UGCAAUUCCAAACGACAUCGUCUUGUUCUUGACAACGAUUAACAAUCACACCACCGCACCUGCCUCGUUAGUUCUCCGUUUGGGCGUAGCAUCGUCAUUCAUUGCAUCGGCGCCAUCCGCUCACUCUCUCCAAAAGUUUUCAACUCUCCCCGUGAAUUCUCAGCUAGGUUCAAAUCCGGUCCAGAGACAUCCCCAAUUUGUAGAUCUACAAUUUUAUCCCCUUUAUUCGUUAACGAAAUCGUUUCACCAAGUCUUAGACACAUAAGCCCUAAUUCGAACCCAUACCACGUCUACUUUUUCAUGAUUGAUUUAGCUCUGAUUUCGAGGGAUUCUGUUAUUGAAUCACCGAUCUCGAUGUGCUGACCUGCAUACUGUUCUCAUCCAGGAUCAAUCAGUUCAUAGACUUAGGGUUUUUAAUUUAUUAGAAAGGGGAUCAAAAGAUUGGCGCCGGUAAUUGAUGGUCCUCGUCGCGCAGUACGGAGAAGAAGGAUUAUAUUUUACGAAAAGCGAUGCCGUUGAUGAUUAUGAUGGAAGAAGGUUGUUAUGUAUGGGCGGUGGGAAGGUGAGCUGUGGUUCAACCGGCGGCACAUGUGGUCGGUCCCCUCUCCCUCCACGCCGUCUCUAGUCGCUCCCAUCAAGUCCUCCGUUUUCAUUGACUCUAACUCUUUCUCCAAAGAUGGACGCAAGAUUCAUGUUGGUGACUGUGCACUGUUCAAACCACCCCAUGAUUCCCCUCCAUUUGUUGGUAUAAUUCGUAGAUUAAUUGUAGAUAAAGAAGACAAUCUAAGCCUCAGUGUGAACUGGCUUUAUCGCCCUUCUGACGUGAAGCUUUUAAAAGGUGCCUCUCUUGAAGCAGCACCAAACGAGGUCUUUUACUCCUUUCACCAAGAUAAAAUACCCGCUGCAUCACUACUUCAUCCGUGUAAAGUCGCAUUCCUCCGUAAAGGUGUUGAACUUCCUUCAAGGGUAUCAUCAUUUGUGUGCAGACGAGUUUAUGAUGUUGAGACUAAGCGUUUAUGGUGGCUAACUGAUCAAGAUUAUCUUAAUUCUUUUUUGACACAGGAACGACAAGAAGUAGUAGAUCAGCUUUUAGAUAAGACAAGAGUAGAAAUGUAUGGAGGCCAUUCCCCAAAACCUUUGAAUGGUCCUGGUCCUGGUCCUGGUCCAAAUGGGACACCACAGGCAAAGGGUAAGAAAAGAGAGCAGACUUCAGACUCUGGUCAACUUAGACCAGAAGACAUGUUAAAGGCUGAGAUUGCCAAAAUUACAGAUAAAGGAGGGUUGGUGGAUUUUGAAGGUGUUGAGAAAAUAAUACAGCUGAUGCAGCCUGAGAGUGGUGACAAGAAAGUUGACCUGGCUUCCAGAAUUAUGCUUGUUAAUGUCAUAUCAGUUACUGACAGUUUUGAUUGCCUUAGUCGGUUUGUUCAGCUUAGGGGUUUGCUUAUUUUAGAUGAAUGGCUUCAAGAGUUCCACAAGGGGAAGAUUGGUGAUGGUAGUCCUAAAGAGGGUGAUUUAUCUGUGGAGGAGUUUCUUUUUGCUUUGCUUCGUGCACUUGACAGGUUACCUGUGAAUAUUCAUGCUUUACAGACUUGUAAUGUCGGUAAGUCUGUUAAUCACUUACGUAGCCAUAAAAACCCUGAGAUUUUGAAGAAAGCUAAGUGUUUAGUUGACACGUGGAAGAAAAGUGUUGAAGCUGAAAUGAAUAUGAUGGAAAGAAAACGAGUCGAGCAAAUGAAUAUCAUUGAAACAAGAUCCGGUACAAGACGUGCAGGUUCAGGUUCCUGGUCAAACAAGCAAAUGAUGCCUGAAGUGUCCCCUCAUAUGGUCAAACAAGUCAAGAUUUCUACUUCACAACCUUCUGUAGUGAAAGCUCAGGGUAAGCAUAAUUCUGGUGAAGCUAUCGUCAAGUCGCCGGAAUCUCCUAGCCCUACAAAACUUCCAGGACCAGUGCCAGCUGGCAUUGCCCCUUCAGAUGUAACAGUUAAACAGGAAAAGAGUAGCAGUUGUAGCCCUUCUGCUUCUGGUAAGGGGUCACCAUUUAGAGCUACACCUGAAAGGGCAACUGAAGAAAACAUACACAACAGCCAGAGACUUAUUGUCCGGCUGCCGAACACGGGAAGAAGCCCUGCACACACAGCCAGUGGUGGAUCUGUUGAAGAUCAUCUUGAUGGGAGUGGGAGGCCAAAGGGAAAAGGGGAGACACCACCAGACAACAAUGUGGUAGCUAUGGAUACAGAUUCAUGUAAAGGGAAAGAAGGAUUGGUUGGCUGUGAUGCUGACGAUGGUGAGGCAUCCAAAGGUGCCGACUCAGCAUCGGGUGGGAGUGGGACACUAAAAUCGGGGAAGUCACAUGAAGCGUCUUACAGCUCUAUAAAUGCAUUGGUUGAAAGCUGUGCUAAAUUUUCUGAAGUUAGCACGUCUUUGCCAGCUGGCAAUGAUGUUGGAAUGAAUCUUCUCGCCAGUGUGGCUGCUGGUGAGAUGUCUAGGUCUGACGUGGCAACGUCAUCGUGUUCCCCUGAAAACAAACAACCUUUACCUGAAGACACUUGCUCUGAAGAUAAUGGCAAUCCCAGACAAUCAAUUGAAGAUGGUUCCCAAGUUGAAGAUAAUCUUAAAGUCAGCAAUGGUCAUGAUCAUGCCAGGUUGGCGGAAAACAGUAAUGCUGUACCUGAGGUAGGGCCCGCAGCAGAUGCAACAGGUAUAAGUGGAAAGGUCAAUGAUGAACCUUCUUCUAGGUCAUCAUCAGAUAAGCAUGAGGAUGAAAAGAAAUCAAUGAAGAAAGAGCAUGAUGAUGUGGAUUCUGAAUUGCUGAAACCAUCUUGUGGCCAUGUUAGUUUAGAGCAGUUUGAGGAGAAAGAAAAUACGGAUCCUGAUUCUUCUGUCCUGCUGCAGAGCAGUGAAAAUGUAGAUAAAAACGAGGCCCAAGAGGGAGAUGGGUCGGGCCCAUCUGCCUCCACAUCAGCACCUCCUGUGUCAGAAAAGACAGUGAAGCUGGAUUUUGACUUGAAUGAAGUUGUUCCUAGUGAUGAUAUCGAAAGGCAUAGCUCAUUACAUUCUGCAAGUUCUGUUGUGGGGGGAAACCGGGCGGCUUCAGUUACUGUAGCAGCAGCUGCUAAAGGACCUUUUUUAUCAUCUGAGAAUCUGUUAAAAGGCAAGGCUGAGCUUGGGUGGAAGGGAUCUGCUGCCACCAGUGCAUUUCGUCCAGCUGAGCCUCGAAAGGCCCGUGAGUUUUUGGACUUUGACCUCAAUGUUGGUGUUGCUGAUGAUGUCAUUGUCAACAACCAAAACCAAAACCAAAACCAAAACCCACCAUCGUCAAAAUACAUCGAUUCCAGGAACAAAGGAGGGCUCGAUCUCGAUUUAAAUGCAUGUGAAGAAACUCCCGAUGUGGGCCCGUUAAUGGUUAGCUUUAGCAGACCACAAAUCCCUCCAAGGUCUCUUCUUUCUUCCGGGUUUGAUCUCAACAACGGGCCUGGAAUUGAAGAAAUUGGCAGUGAAUCAAUGCCACAUUCCAGAAAUGGUAUUCAGUUUUUGCCUAAUGUUCCUAGUGUCAGAAUGGGGAACAUAGAUGUGGGAAACUUCCAUUCCUGGUUUCCACCAAGUAGUACAUACCCAGCAAUUCCGAUUCCAGCCCAGAGUUAUUCCAUGCCAGUGCCACAAAGAAUGUUGACUCCUAUGGCUGCUGCUGCUGCUGCUUCUGGUGGUGGUAGUGGCACUCCGUUUAAUCCUGAAUUAUUUAGAGGGCCCGUGUUAUCAUCUUCUCCUGCAGUUGCUUUUUCAUCCACAGCACCAUUCCAAUUCCCAGGUUUCCCAUUUGAAACUAAUUUCUCUAUGCCUUCAAAUACAGUGUCACCAGCAUUUGUGGGGUCAUCCGCUGGGCCUGGGCCUGGGCCAAUUUGUUUCCCAACAAUACCCUCACAACUGGUGGGCCCACUUUCAUCAUCAAGUUAUAGGCCAUAUGUUAUGGGUCUACCUGGUGGAUCGAGUAACGAUAACAAAAAAUGGGGAACCCAUGGUCUGGAUUUGAACUCGGGUCCUGGAGGUCCGGAUGAGACAUUGCCUUCAGGAUUGAGACAGCUUCCUCUUGGUGAUGAACAGUUGAAGAUGUUUCAGCAGAUGGCGGCCAGUGGCGGCAGCGGUGGUGGUGGUGGAGUCUUUAAGAGGAAAGAGCCUUUCAAUUCCAGCAUACCCUCUGGUCUUGUGGCCAACCGGAAUCGGAGCGUUCUAUCCAUCUGAGAGAGAGAGAGAGAGAGAGAGAGAGAGAGAGAGAGAGAGAGAGAGACCAUCAUAGAAGAAGAAGAAGAAGAAGAAGAAGAAGAAGAAGAAGAGGAUUUCCAGUGUAGAUAUUUAACUACUACUCUUUGUUUGUUAGGUUAAUUAGUUUUCUUGUCUUUGCAGUUUUAUUUCAUACUUACUAGUUACUACACAGCCAAAAGUUUGGUAUAUUGAUAUUCCAUUCACC